CCCUUCUCCCUGUGUAAUGAAAAGUGCUAUCCUGGUUCCAGCAAGAAAAAGAAAGAGGGAGAGAAAUUUUGUUGCUACGAUUGUGCUUCUUGUCCAGAAGGGAAGAUUGCAAACCAGAAGGACAUGGAUUAUUGCAUCAGCUGCCCAAAACAUCAAUAUCCAAACAAUGGCAGGGAUGGCUGUGUUCCCAAGGUCCAGACCUUCCUUUCCUUUGAAGAACCUUUGGGUAUUUCUUUAGCUUCGUUGGCACUUGACUUUUCUCUGGUCACAUCUCUGGUUCUUGCCGUCUUUAUUAAACACAGAGAUACUCCCAUUGUCAAAGCCAACAACCGAAGCCUCACCUACAUUCUCCUCAUCUCUCUCCUUCUUUGCUUCCUCUGUUCCUUACUUUUCAUUGGACAGCCCAAUAAUGUGACCUGUCUCCUACGACAAACCGCAUUUGGCAUUAUCUUCUCCAUUGCUGUUUCUUCUGUUUUAGCUAAAACCAUUACGGUUGUGGUGGUUUUCAUGGCCUCCAAACCAGGAAGCAUCUUCCGGAAAUGGGUGGGAAAAAGAUUGGCACUUUCAAUUGUCUUCUCCUGCUCCUUUGCUCAAGUAGGCAUUUGUGCAGUUUGGUUGGGUACAGCUCCUCCAUUCCCAGAUUUGGACAUGCACUCAGUAUCUGGACAAAUCAUUGUGGAAUGUAAUGAGGGGUCGGUCACCAUGUUCUAUUGUGUUUUGGGCUAUAUGAGCUUUCUGGCAACCAUCAGCUUCAGUGUGGCUUUCCUAGCCAGGAAGUUGCCAGAUACUUUUAAUGAAGCCAAGUUCAUCACUUUCAGCAUGUUGAUGUUUUGUAGUGUUUGGUUGUCUUUUGUUCCAACAUACUUGAGCACCAAAGGGAAAUACAUGGUGGCUGUGGAGAUCUUCUCCAUCCUGGCCUCCAGCGCUGGGUUGCUGGGCUGCAUCUUUUCUCCAAAAUGCUACAUUAUUAUCCUGAGGCCUGAGCUGAAUAACAGGGAACAGCUAAAGCGGAGAAAUUAUGAUUAA